AUGAGCAACAACGCAUCCGGCGAGGUCUUCUAUCCUUCAUACGAAACUUGCAAUGACGGGAUUACGCCGCAAUGUCCCGUCUCGGCCACCAUUUAUGGAUACCGGCCGAAUCUGGGACCUACGAUUCUCUUUGCCGUGAUUUUCUCAAUCUGCGUCGUUCUGCAGGUCGUCUUUGGCAUUCGUAUGAAAGGAUAUGCCUUCCUGGCAUGGAUGUUCUUCGGAGUGGCGUUGGAGUGCACGGGUUGGUGGGCRCGAGUGGCCCUCUGGCAAGAUGUCUGGAAUUACGCAGCCAUGAUUGCCAGUUUGGCGGGUCUCAUUAUUGGUCCUAGUUUCAUCAACGGAGCCAUCAGUGUGACGUUCAAGCACAUUAUUUUGUACACCGGCGAGCAGCAUUCCAAAUGGUUGAGGGCGAAAUGGUUUCCAGUGGUCUUCAUCGGCACCGACUUUGUGGCGAUCUUCAUCCAAGCAGCAGGUGCUGGACUUUCAGCUGGAGCAACCGGCGGAGCAGAAACAGACCAAGCUCUGUUGGACGUCUCGUCUGCCAUUCUCAUCGCUGGUGUUGCGUUUCAGUUGGCCAACAUGAUACUGUGCGGUGCGUACCUCGGAUAUGUUGCCUGGAAUUAUCGCAAGGCCAAGCAGAGCCAUUCGUCAGCGGGAAUCCCAAGUCCUUACGAUGAAGCCAAAAAGCUGGACAGUCGAACUCGAUUUCGAUUCCAUGUCUUCAUCGCUGGACUUUGCACGGCAUACUUCACCAUCGUCAUCAGAUGUGCGUACCGUGUCCCGGAGAUGGUCGAUGGCUGGGGUGGUGCUCUGAUGCAAGACGAACCGACAUUUUUUGGCCUGGAGGGAACGAUGCURGCCAUUGCGUGCAUAGCCCUGACGGUUGCACAUCCGUCGUUCUUCUUCACUCCGAUGCAGCGUAAAAAGCCACGUCAGGCGCGGGAGGCGCAAUCCAGCGAUGGCGAGGCCGAGAAAGCUUCUCGGGAGCUUCAGUAG